AUGGAGCCGCGAGUGGGGAACAAGUAUAGACUGGGUCGGAAGCUAGGCAGCGGAUCCUUUGGAGAGAUCUAUCUUGGGACGAAUAUUCAGACUAAUGAGGAGGUGGCGAUUAAGCUAGAAAAUGUGAAGACAAAACAUCCUCAGUUGCUCUAUGAGUCGAAGUUGUACCGAAUUUUACAAGGCGGAACUGGUAUACCAAAUGUUCGAUGGUUUGGUGUCGAAGGUGACUAUAAUGUUCUAGUUAUGGACUUGCUUGGACCAAGUCUCGAAGAUCUAUUCAAUUUCUGCAGUAGGAAACUUUCUCUGAAGACAGUUCUGAUGCUUGCCGAUCAAAUGAUCAAUCGUGUUGAAUUCGUCCAUUCAAAAUCAUUUCUACAUAGAGAUAUUAAGCCUGAUAAUUUCCUCAUGGGUUUGGGUCGGCGUGCUAAUCAGAUUGAUGAUAGUAAUGGAAAGGACAUUUUCAGUUUUGAUGGAGGAGAUAUCAGGGCCAUAGAUUCGGAGAACAAAAACCUGACAGGGACAGCGCGAUAUGCCAGUAUGAAUACUCACCUGGGCAUAGAACAAAGCAGGAGGGAUGAUUUAGAAUCUCUUGGGUUUGUCUUGAUGUACUUUUUAAAAGGAAGCCUACCAUGGCAGGGACUAAAAGCAGGGACCAAAAAACAGAAAUAUGAGAAGAUAAGUGAGAAAAAGGUGUCAACUUCUAUUGAGGCACUGUGCCGAGGUUAUCCCACUGAAUUUGCUUCGUAUUUCCAUUAUUGUCGUUCGCUGCGUUUUGAAGACAAACCAGAUUAUGCUUAUCUUAAGAGGAUAUUCCGUGAUCUCUUCAUCCGUGAAGGUUUCCAAUUUGACUAUGUAUUUGACUGGACUAUUUUGAAGUACCAGCAGUCUCAGAUGGCCACUCCUCCUUCACGCACUCUUGGCCCAAAUGCUGGUACAAGCUCAGGACUCCCCCCUGCAAUUCCCAGUGGUGAGCGACCGCCAGGUGAAGAAGAGGGGAGACAGGUAGGCACAUCUUCAGCAGAUCCUUCUAGAAGAAGAGGUUCAGGACAACUUAUUAAUGCUGGGAGCUUAUCCAGACAAAAAAGUCCAGCUGCAAAUGAUUCAGCUAGCAAGGAUGCUAUGCUUUCCAGUUCCAGUUUCUUUGGAAGGUCCAGUGGAUCACUAAGGCGGCCUGCAGUUUCUGGAAGUCGAGAAACUUUCACUUUGGGCAAUGAUUCUGAUCCAACUCGUUCACGCACCCCUGAGGCCAGCCCAGCUACUACAAACAAAAUCUCAACCGGCCAAAGAACCUCACCUCUCGGUGGUUCAUCCGACCCAAAGCACACUUCUUUGGGUAGGAACAACGCUGGCAUAAAAAAUUAUGACUCGGCCAUAAAGGGUAUUGAGAGUUUGCGUUUUGAUGACGAAGAAAGGUUUCACUGA